GCUCUAUAUGCAUCCAGCUCCAUCUCCAUCCUCGUCUCGCUCUCUCGCUCACUCCUUCCCACCACUCUCACAGCCUUCACGGCACUCACAGCCAAGCAGCAAGCAGCAUGCCGCCCAAGCCUCGCAGCCUGCACCUCCCGAGCGGGCUCAAGCCACGCGUGCCCCCGCGCAAGCCGCAUCUCUCGACGCUGCACCUCGACUCGGCGCUGCGCGCGCAGGCGCACGAGAUGCCCGCCGCGACGCCGUUCGUGCCCCCCGCUGCGCCGCAGAUCCCUCCCCGCCGCCGCCCCGCUUUCUCUCCCGGCGGCUUUGGGCUGACGUCAACCCCAGCACCGCGGUCUGACCGGCUAGGCCUGGGCCGGCCACCACGGCUGGGCAGCGAUGAAGGCACGCCGGCUCAACGUGAGUCCGCGGCGGCGCAGAUAGCAGAGGCGGACGCCGCCAUCAAGGCCCAGCAGGGCCAGCUGGAGAAGGUCGAGGGUGAAGGAGAGGCAGAAGCAUGCUACGUGCCCCCACCCAGUACACUGCAUUUCCAUGCCAACGACCCGCUGCCACUCGUGUACAGCCCCACGCCGUUGCCGCCGUUCCAGAUCGCGUACGAGACGUGGGGUACACUCAAUGAGGCGCACGACAACGCCAUCAUCCUUCACACUGGCCUCAGCGCCAGCUCGCACGUCGCAUCCGGCGGCAACGACGUUGCGGCCGGCACGAGCAGCAAGCCGGGGUGGUGGGAAGAUUUUGUAGGGCCGGGCAAAGCAAUUGACACGAACCGCUUCUUCGUCAUUUGCACCAACGUGCUGGGCGGGUGCUUUGGGUCGACGGGUCCAUCGUCGCCCUACCCACCCGGUGACGGACAGGUGCGCUGGGCGACGCGGUUCCCGCUCCUCUCGAUCCACGACAUGACGCGUGCGCAGCUCAGCCUCCUCGAUUACCUCGGCAUCGACAAGGUCUAUGCCUCGGUCGGGAGCAGCAUGGGCGGCAUGAGUUCGCUUUCCAUGGCAUACCUCGCACCAGAGCGCGUAAGCCGGGUCGCGAGCAUCUCUGCCACGGGCCGCUCCGGCCUCACCGGCGUUGGAAUGCGCUACGCGCAGCGCAGCGUACUUAUGGCCGACCCCAACUGGAACCGCGGAAACUACUACGACGGCGUGCCGCCGCACGAGGGCAUGAAGCUCGCGCGCCAGAUCGCGACUAUCACCUACCGCUCUGGUCCGGAGUGGGAGCAGCGCUUCGGCCGCCGCCAACUCAGUGCCGAGCAAAGCGCCGACGGCCGCCCGGGCGUACCCAAGCUCUCACCCGACUUCCUCAUUGAGACAUACCUCGACCACCAGGGCGAGCGCUUCUGCCUCACCUACGACGCCAACAGUUUGAUCUAUCUCUCCAAGGCCAUGGACCUGUUCGACAUGACGGCGCCCGCGCUCAAGUCGCUCGCGGCGCAGUUCAACGAAGCGUAUCCCGAGGCAGCCCCGUUCCCGCUGCCAUCCGAUCCGCCGACCGUGUCAGCGUCUGCGCCGUCCGGGACGCGCCCGCCCUGCCCGCGUCCCGGCAGCUCUAGCGAGCCGCCCAUCAAGACUGGCGGCGGCAAGGAGCGCUUCAUUCCCACCUCGAAGAGCCCGCACCUCCAUGACCUCGCCGAGGGUCUGCAGCGCCUCCGCAACAUCCCCGCACUCAUCCUCGGCGUCCAGAGCGAUGUUCUCUUUAACGUUGAGCAGCAGCGUGAGCUGGCCGACGCGCUGCGCUUGGCGGGCAAUCGCAACGUCACGUACUACGAGCUCGGCGGGGCUUGGGGGCACGACACGUUCCUCCUCGACGAGCAAAACGUCGGCGGCGCCAUCCGCGGGUGGCUCCACUAGUGCGUAAGAGUGGGAGGGUGAGGCAGUCAGCAAGUCAUCCAUGCUUUGUGUUCUGUGAGUGACGUAAAACCUAAAAUCAAGCGCGCAGCGCGUUGUACUCUAGCAAUGUUUCCCAGAUCUCAGAUUUGCAUGCAUGUAAUACUUGACGUGG